AUGGCUACCAAAAGCAUUGAAGAGGUUCGCUCUCACUCGCCUGCCCCAUCGACUCUUCGUCCUGGGCAACAGUUUGGCAAUCCUUCUCCUCUGGCCAUGGGCACAUUUGCUACAACCCUACUCACACUUUCCCUAUCUAUGAUGGGCUUCCGUGGUGUCGAGACUCAGACUAUCUUCAUCGGUAACCUAUGCUUAGCUGCUGGUCUGUGCAUGUUCGUUUCUGCACAAUGGGAGAUGGCACGAGGCAAUACGUUCGGCUACUCUGCCCUCAGUGCUUAUGCUGUGUUUUACGGUGGCUAUGGAGUUAUCCUUUGUCCAUCCCUCGGGGUUCUUGAGUCUUACGGUGGCCAUACUCCUGAAUACUUUAAUGCCAUGGGCUUUUACGUCCUGAUCUGGGCAGUUUUGACCCUUUUCUUCAUGUUGGGAUCAGCUCCAAUCAAUCUCGUCUCUUUCGGCAUCUUCACCACCAUUUUCUUCUGCUUUACGCUCGAUGCUGCUUCAAACUUUGCUCAUGCUGAUGGAAAGGUCGAGGUCGCCAAAGGUCUUUUGAAGGCCGCUGGUGUCUUUGGGUUUAUUUCUGGUCUGUUAGGAUACUACAGUUGUGCUGCUUCUAUGUGCGCCGAUGCAUUGCCAUUUGAGCUACCUUGUGGGGAUACGUCGAGGUUCUUCAAGAAGACUCGCAAGCAACUAUGA